CUAGAGAGAUGCAUUUGGGCAGGCAAACAAUUUGUUGCAUAUAAUCAGAAUACAUUCGCCUCUCAAGCAUGAACCAUUUUCAUGUCAUUGCCCUUGUAACUGUGCCAACUGCAGGAACAGGAUGGGAUUUCAUUUUAUUUUUUUUUCAUUUGAAAGGUUGACUAGAAGGGCCUUUAUUUUAUUUUUAGUCAUUAGUUUAGGUAUGGCAUGCAUAAUUCGAGUUUCAUUUGGAAAGGAAACUACUUUGGAAUAACAUGUGGUCGCAGAACAUAUGGGGAAAUUUUGCAAAAGCUUGGUUGAAUUAUUUCACACUAGAAAUGGUUAAGAUCGAAGGGCGAUAGUGGUCAUUGUCUAAUUAUGGUGGUCUUGAAUUUUGAGUAAAAAGGACAGUUAAUGAGGGCCUGAGCAUUUACACUUUUCAGUGCACAGUAUUUGUUGAUUUAAUAGCUCAAUUUCCUGGAAAUAAAAUCCAGUUUAUGAUGUCCUGUUGACCAGGUCCGAUUGGAUUAAGAUGCUAUCUGCCUUUCCUUUUUGUAUUUACAUAUUUGGCAGUCCUGGAGGCUUUAGUAAGUGGACUUAACAGCCAUUGGAAGAAAAAAGGUUUACCCAACCCAGUUUUGGAAAUUUAGAGAUUUUAUCAUCUGUGUCCUUGAGUGUUAUUCGUGUAGUGACAAGUACCUAGUUCAAUAAGUUAAUCUUGAGAAAAUUGUGAUUUUGUUUUCAGUCUGGGUUAGCAGAUGAUUUUGAAUUUCACUUCACUCAAUCUAGGUUGGCAAGCAUAUUGCAUAGGUUCUUGUUUACAGAUGAAUGAUGUUUCAGAUGACUUCUCCUAAUUUUUCAAGAGCUUCUUUUAGGUUUCCUAAUCAUUUCCCUAUUUUGUUAGGUAGGGCCCUAGUUCAUUUAGAGAUGAGAGAAUAUGUAUCUUUAAUUUUCUUCUCAUUUAUGAGAAUUAAAAAUGAAGAAAAUUGUUAUUUUACUAGAUAUUGGCGGUUUAAAUAGAUUGGAAAUAAGGUGGUCUUUUUGGAUAGUAGAUCCAUAUGAGAGCCCAUCUUGAGAUUGGAUUUGAGGAGGUUUGAAGAUCCAAGGAAAAAAAAAACUAGACUAAAGUGAGGUAAGAAGGGGGAUACAACACUUGGUUUCUGCAUGGCUUGGAUAAUGAUAGGAGGAACAGCAUCUGCCAGAAAGUUAGGAACUGAUGCUGGUCAGUGAGACUAUUUCAGUAUUGCUGGUCCUACAUUUUACCGAUUGCUUUGUUGAUCCACUGAAUCGAUGGUUUUUCAAUAUACAUAUCCCAGAAGAACUCUAGUUAUUUUGAGUGGGGAAGAGCUCUGGAAGACGGUUUUGGGUAUGUAUGUAAAAAAGCUCUUCAAGAUUAAUUAAGAUGUUGAUAAGGAUAGUUUGCUAAGUGCCAUUUUGAUUACAGUGCAGACUUGGGAUUUUAGAGAGAGUUUACAUUCUACAUUUAUCAUGUUGGUGUCUUGGAAAGAUAGAUCUGCGGAGGUGAUACUUUUGUAGCACUAUCCUUUUUUCCAACAUGAACUUUUUUACUGAGGAAGACAAAUUACAGAUGAUGAUUUGGUGAUUAAUGAAGUUGGUAAUGAUGAUUGAAGGAAUUUGAGGAAUAUCUUACUAUUAAGCUGAAUCUUGAAAGGGCUUACAAUCGUGUAAAUGACAGUGACUGCAUUAUAGAUUAGCUCUGUUGACUCAAAGGAGUUCUUGAGAAUGAUCUUUUGGUAAUUUGGGAGGGAAAAAAGCGCAAGGUUAAUGUGUGAUAAUUUCUCUAUCUUAUGAUUGGGAACAAAGAGACUGGUUUUGAACUUAUUGCAUGGCUUGUGCAAUAUACAGCAACUGGUGGCCUAUGCUAUCUGCUCUCAUGUAUGUGCUGGUGCCUAUGCCUUGUUUAUUUUUUGGAGGUGGAUCAACCCAGUUUCUGAUCAGUCGGGAUGGUGGGGGUUGGAUAGGUGCUGCUAAAUUCCUUACAGGGGCAUCAGCUGUUGGGAGCAUAGCCAUUCCUGUUAUCCUUAGGCAUGCUCAUAUGAUUGAAACAGGGGCUAUGCUGAUCGAGUUCACAUCGUUCUUCAUAUUUGUCUGUACAGUCUUGUGUUUUCAUCGUGCCAGCCUAGAGGAUGAUUGGUGAUUGAUACAAAUUCAGAUGUGACUCGGAUAAUCUGUGACCAUUUAAUGAUAUGUACAUGGGAAAGAAAAACAGAAUUUCCCAGCUUGUAAAUUACCUUUUUGUAUAUUUUCUCAAGGAAGCACACUAUGGUAUUUGCUUUGCUCCGACUUUGUUGGCCUUAUUUUGGAAAUAGCUUCUAAUGUUCAUUUUA